AUGGCCGGCGCCGUCGAACCCCCUCCCUCGCUCUGCCCCCUCUGCGGCCACCCGACCUCCGCCGCGUCCCCGCCGGCGACCAGCGCGUCCCCCGCGAGGCCGCCGCUGCUGCGGAGGGCCGCCGCCCCGCCCGAGGCGCCCCCCGCGGUGGUGCGGGUGGAGAUCGGCGACGAGGCCGCGGCGCUGCGGGAGGCGCUCGCGCGGCAGCAGGCCGCGCUCGGGGACCUGCAGGCGGAGCUCGACGCCGAGCGCGGCGCCGCGGCGGGGGCCGCCAGCGAGGCCAUGACCAUGAUCCUCCGCCUGCAGCGGGAGAAGGCCGAGGCCAUGAUGGAGGCGCGCCAGUUCCGCCGCUACGCCGAGGAGAAGAUGGCCCACGACGCCGCCGAGCUCGCCGCGCUCGAGGAGGCGCUCGCCAAGCGCGACGCCACGGUGCGGGCGCUCCAGGCGGGCGAGCCGCGCCCGACGCCCCGCCACCCCUGCGCCGCCGCGCCGUCGGGGGCCUCCACCCCGCGCCGCCCCUCCGCCGCCACGCCGCGCCACCCGCCCUCCUCGCCGUCCCCCGAGCCGUCCACCGGCGGAUACUACCCGCCGCUGCGCUGCAUGAUCGACCACCCGCGGACCGCGUCCGAGGUGGACGCGCUCGAGACCCCGCACGACCAGCUCAGCCGCCUCGCCCACCGCGUCCACCUCCUCGAGCGCGGCGCCACGCCCGUGGCCGCCGCCACCACCACGCCCAUCAUCCGCGUCGCGCCGGGCUCCACCUUCCCGCGCCACUCGCGCGCCUACUCCGACGACAGCCUCGACUUCUACGACGGCGAGUGCUUCCCGGACGACGACGACGACUGCGGCGCCAGCGACCGGGUCUACACCGUCGACGCCAUCCACGGCGCGCCGCUCGCGGUGCCCGAGGGCUCCUACGGCGGUGCCACGCCGUUGGUCAGCGAGUGCGGCGGCGGCACCAUGCCCUGGGCGGACGACGAGGAGGUGCGCAAGCUCAGCGCUCGGAUGCAGGCGCUGGAGGCGGACCGGGAGUCUAUGCGGCAGGCCAUCAUCUCCAUGGGGGCCGAGAAGGCGCAGGUCAUGCUGCUCAAGGAGAUCGCGCAGAAGCUCUGCAAGGAGGCCGCGCCGCCGGUUCCGGCGCCCACCAUGCCGCAGCACAGCUUCUACAAAGGGGGCAACACGCAGCCGGCCAUGACCGUCACGGUGCGCCCGCCACGCCAUCCGCCGGUGCUUAUGCAGAGGAAGGUGGUGAAGAGCCAGACCACCUUCUUUGCUGCGGUGGCCAAGUGGGUUACUUCGAUCAUGUGGUGGCGAAGGAACUCAUCCCGCGUCAAGUACCCCAUUGGGCAGUGCGGCAACAAUGUCGGGCUGCUGCUGCUGCUUGAGAAGGCUCCCAGGGCAGGCCAUGGCCAUCAGAGGCCUCCCAAGAAGAUCUAA